AUGGUAGAACCGGACAUGCAGAAGAAGGCAAGUGGUGGCAGUGGCGGUUCCGAGAUGGAUACUUUAAAUGCUACCAGCAACAGUAGUAAACAAGGAGUUUCAAAUAAUAAAAGGAAUCCGGUCAGUAAAAAGAAACCAGGGAAUAAGGUCUCUGAUGGAAGAGAUAAUGCACAUAAUUAUCACGGGGAAGGCCGCAGAAAAAGUAGCAAACAACAGAGGUCAAGAACGCCCUAUAAGGAGACUAGUACUAGGAUCAAUGAUCAAGAUAUAGAUUUAUCUAUCCAGGAAGAAAUUCUUGGUGGUAAUUUCAAAUUACGAGGCAGGAAAACUCAAGUUUCCAUUAAUCAUUUGUUGAAUUUCCAGUUACCUGAAGUCGAAAGGGAAAAAAGUAGGUCCUCUUCAAGUAAGAAAUCGAAUAGGAGACGCGAUGAGCACGUACAUUUACACGGUGACACAUUUGUUAAUGUUAAUUACCGUCUUUUGGUAGAUGAUCGUUUUGACUACCCAGAGCAAAACUGUAACCCGAACGUUCCUGUCGAUCAAGAAAAGAUUCUAAGAGUCAUAGUGCCAAAGGGUCAGAAUUGUUCUAUUUGUCUGAGCGAGGAACCGGUGGCUCCCAGAAUGGUUACUUGUGGCCAUAUUUUCUGUCUAAGUUGUCUCUUGAACUUUUUCUCCAUUGAAGAAACCGUCAAAAAUAAAGAGACUGGGUACUCAAAGAAGAAGAAAUAUAAAGAAUGCCCGCUUUGUGGAAGUAUUAUUGGCCCUAAAAGGGUCAAGCCUGUUCUGUAUGAGGACGACUUUGAUGUAACCAGGUUAAAUCAAAAACCCGAACCUGGUGCCACAGUACAUCUACAACUGAUGUGUAAACCACACGGUUCACUAUUACCUUUGCCAGUAGCCUUACAUUUAGACCCUCUAAAAUGUGGAAAUUUCCCUCCCGCAAACUUAGGAUCAAUAAAGCAUUAUGCGCAUAUUAUGAAGUGUGGCGUGUCUUACUCCUUGGAGCUCUAUCAAAAGGACAUUGUUGCUAUUCAGGAACAAUAUGAAAUCGACAAGGCCAUUUAUAAUGAUAGUGGAAAAUUUGUUAAGCAGUCGAUUGAAAAUAUCAAUGAUCAAAUUUCGACGUUGCUGGCUGCAACCACUGAUUUGAGCCCACUUUCCAACGAUAUUAACAACGGUUUGGACAAUUUUCAUUUUGAUGACGAUCUCUUGACCAAAUACGAUGAUUCUUCCGCUUAUUUUUUCUACCAGACGUUGGUGGCAUCGUCCACGAAAUACUUCUUAUCUCCACUGGAUGUAAAAAUCUUAUUGACUAUUUUCCACUAUUAUUCCAAGUUUCCAGAAAGCAUCGAGACGACAGUCGAAAAUAUACAUUAUGAUACAGUGGUAACGGAGCAAUUAAUCCGCCGCUACAAGUACAUCGGCCACCUUCCAAUCGGCACUGAGAUUGCCCUUUUAGACUUGGACUGGCGUAAAAUACCAUUCCUUCCCAAGGAAAUUUACGAACAGUUUGCUCAUGAGCUAAAACAACGUCGAAGAAAAUUCACAAUGAAAAAGCAAAAGGAAGAUAAGGAAAAGAAACUAUAUGAAAAAAGGUUGGAACAAGAACAUGCCGAGUUCUACAGAAAGGAAAAUGGCAAUUCUCUCAAGUUUGAAGACUCUGUACAGAUGGCUACCCAUUAUGAAUCCAUUGUAAGCUCUUCCAUACCUCUCAACUCCUUAGGAAUUUCUAUGCUGGGUCCACCGACAAAUUCCUGCUCUACUCCUCAAAAGCAAGCGCCCUCCCACACGAAAAGAACAAUUUGGGGGACAUCAAUUGCAGUGACGGAAGACGAAAAAGCAUCAAAGGAGAACAAAGAAUUUCAAGAUAUGUUAUUGCAGCGAAUAAGGCAGGAAGAUAGUUCGGAUGUCACAGAUUCGACGGAUUCUCCUCCUACAAGUAAUGGUAAGCGAGGCAGGAAGAAGAAAGGUAAAGUCAUGCUAUUCAGCAGCAAUCAUCAAGCCUUGGGUUAG